AUGGUGGCAGCCAAGGAAAAGCGACCGGAGAUUAUCGAGCUCUCCCGCAGCCUGACAGGCAUCCCGAAAUGCGAGGACUACGAUCGCAUGAUCUCGGGAAUGAUGUACAAUCCCACCAUACCAGCUUUAUUAGAAGCUCGUCAUAGGUGCCGGGGUUUGACAGCUGAUCUCAACGGCCUGGACACAAAGACUAUUCCAUUUGACCAGAUCGGUGGUAAGCGAAUGGAAAUUCUCCGCAAGCUUUUAGGUCGAGUUGGCGAGGGAACAUUCAUCGAGACUCCAUUCUUGCCAGACUACGGCUGCAAUAUCAUCAUCGGGAAGGACUGUUUCAUUAAUUGGAAUGUUACAAUUCUGGAUACAAGUCUCGUUGUCAUCGGAGAUCGAGUUCAGAUUGGUACUGGUGUCGGCAUCUUUAGUGCUGGUCACGAUACAAGCGUGCUAUCUCGACAGAAAAUGGUGGAGUUCGGUCAUCCCAUCUUCAUUGAAGAUGAUUGUUGGAUCGGAGGUAACACUGUCAUUCUGCCUGGUAUUCGGAUUGGGAAAGGCUCGACUAUUGGGGCUGGAUCUAUUGUUACCAAGGAUAUUCCACCUUAUUCUGUUGCUGUGGGAAGCCCUUGUCGUGUCAUCAAGACUAUCCAAUCGGUCGAAGAAGAGAUGGCAGAUCCAAACAACGAAUAUCGAAACCUGUGA